AUGGCCAAGCAGGUUCCCCACGGAGCCGACGAGACGCUCGUCGACUUGAUGUGCAAGACGGACGAGGAAAAGAACGCCGCCAUCGCCAAGGCUACCGUCGAACUAGAGGCCUCGGACCGUCAGCUCUGCGACGUCGAACUCAUCAUGAACGGCGGAUUCUCUCCUUUGACGGGAUUCAUGAACGAAGAAGAGUACCAAUCGGUCGUCGAGAAUAUGGCGCUGCCGGACGGUACCGUUUUCGGACUGCCCGUCGUUUUUGAUACCGACGACGAAAAUCUGCAACCCGGCACCACCAUUCUGCUCAAGCAGGGCGACCGCGCCAUUGCCACCGUCGAGCUCACGGACAAGUUCACGCCCGACAAGCCCCUGGAAUGUCUCAAAUGCUACGGAACCUCACAGAUCGAGCAUCCCGGGACACUCAUGGUCGCCACCGAGCGUGGUCGUUACUACAUGGGCGGCAAGGUCACCGGCCUCAACCUACCCGUGCGCGAAUUCCCGUGCAAGACGCCCCAGGAAGUCAGGGCCGGACUCCCCGACGACAAGGACGUGGUGGCCUUUCAGUGCCGCAACCCCGUCCACCGCGCGCACUACGAACUCUUCACCCGCGCUCUCGACGAUGCCCUCGUGAGCGAAGGCGGUAUCGUGCUGGUGCACCCGACCUGCGGGCCCACACAGGCCGACGACAUUUCUGGUGAAGUCCGUUACAAGACCUACGAAGUGCUCAAGGAAGAAACCGCCAAUCCCCGGGUGCAGUGGGAGUACCUGCCGUACUCGAUGCACAUGGCCGGACCCCGGGAAGCCAUUCAGCACAUGAUCAUCCGCAAGAACUUUGGUUGCACGCACUUUAUCAUUGGACGCGACAUGGCCGGGAGCAAGAGCUCCGUCACUGGUGACGACUUUUACGGAGCCUACGACGCCCAGGAAUGCGCCGAGAAGUAUUCCGCACAGCUCGGCGUGACACCCGUGCCCAGUCUCAACCUCGUGUACACGGAAGAAGAAGGCUACACCACCGCCGACUAUGCCGACGAAAAGGGCCUACACACCAAGAAGUUGUCCGGUACCAAGUUCCGUCAAAUGCUACGUGGGGGCGACGACAUUCCCGAAUGGUUCGCCUUUAAGAGCGUCGUGAAGGUUCUACGAGACAAUAUGUAA